CUCGUGGAACGAGAGGUUAGGAUUUGGCGCGGUGGCGGUGAAGCACAAGCAUGGUCAGCAUAUUGUUGUUUCGUUCAGCUGAACUAAUCAUAUUUACUUUGCUCGUUCUUAAAGAAGUUUCUCACGCAGACAAUGAGAUCUCUUGAUUUAUCCGCCGUUGUUUAAACCUUCAUAUCUAGAUCUACCUGUUUGAUAGCAGCGCGUGAUUGCCGGAAUCAAAAGUUCAUCCUCUUGCUGUUCCUGAGUCAUCAUAUUCUACUUAACGUUUUUGGUUCCCUCACUCCUCAUAUCACAGCAGCUCAUUCAGUGGUAUAGAAUCCUGCCAUGCGGUCAUCAGACGGAUAACACCUGUCAGCUACCGAAGUUCCCAGUGUCUUCAUUUAUCUGAUGAAGCUGUUACGGAAUACGCUCGGACACCGCUAAGAAGAAGUAUCGACACAUCACAGUGGUUCUUUCUCCAUUUCUCCUCUCCGUACCCUCUGGACGACGCUUCUUAUCGACUAGAAGCGAUCCCUUUCUCGUCCUUCCUUGUGUUAAAGAGGUAGGAAUCCAUCAUGAUCACCAAUACGGCCUUUGAGACUUAUGUGUGCUACUAUCCCCUUGGCAACACUCCACCUGUGUCUUUAGCACAAGACUUACCCCCAGAACAAGAUGCUGACAUCCUUUUAUUAGGAUGCGGUGAUGCUAGAAACAUUCUAUUCACUUGUUUUGUCGACAAUGCCCGACGAAUGGACGUAACAUGCUGUGAUAUCGAACCAGGAAUCCAGGCUCGGAAUGUUCUACUUUAUUCCUUGCUCAUUGACGACAAACUAAAUCUGAAUGUCGACCGUAUUUGGAACAUUUACUACCACUGGUCUUUAGACGAUGAUUCCGUAGAACUCCUCGAAACUCAGAUCGAGAAACUACUGCAGCAUUCAAAAUCCAUAGUUGAAUGGCAUAACUCAGUCUAUGGAUCAACUAUCCGUUUUUGUGACGAAAUGUCUCUUUCUCGCGUCAAGAGCUACUGGUCCAAUUUUUCUUCUCGAGGUCUCUCCCCCGCCAGCAAUGAAGAGAGACUGCGCCAGUUGAAAAACGCCCACGCCAGAGCCAAAUCCUUCAGGACUGAAAUGUUAAAUGGAGGUAUAAAUUUAAAUUAUUUUCGUGGUACACUUCCUGCCGCAUAUGCACAAGCCCCUCAAGACUUGUCGGAAAUCGCUGUUCAUUGGUGGACGCACGGUACGUUACCGCUACGUUCUGGACCAGCCUCGAAAAGCAUUCACCUAAACCCGACAUUUUUCUACUCCCCAAACUCAGCGCUAACGUUACACUUUGGAAUCUCGCCUCUUUCAGGAUUCCCUCUAAGUAUUGCGAAUACUCCGAUCGAGAAAACGUGCCCCCUCUCAAUAGAAAAAAAUGGUCUGUCGUCAAAGGACCGUCUCGUUGCAAGUGCCAAGUGCCUUUUCUCAAACUGGGCCUCAGCAUUCAGAAGAGUGUCAGGAAAAAAUGUAUUAAUUCGAAUCUUCUGCGGCGAUGCUGUUCAUUUCUGUUUCACUUUGGCCAGCGAAUGUGAUAAAAGUUCGCCGACCAAAUUUGACUGUAUCGAUACAUCGAAUCUAGGCGAUCCCCUGGGCCCAUUGAAUUUGCUAACUCUCGGAUCAGUUUUGCUGAAGAAACGUCCAUCCAGUAGUCUUUACACAGAGAUGCUGGUGCAGCAUUAUUCGAACGUCAAAGACCGCUUCACGGAAUCGAUGGGUUGUGAUGCACGCACCGUGGCAUUACUACUUGGACUUGUAUGUCCUGAUAUGUUCACAAAUGCAACAAAUUGUGUCGAGGAGGACACAUUAAAUAUAAAAUGUCUUCAAAGGAAGACCGGUAGAGGAGUAUCUCAAGAAAGAUCUCGUUUCCGCUGGAAGCGAAUCAAUAGUGAACCAAACGAAGCUGCCCACAUGCACGCCGAAGCUGAAACGCUCGCCAAAUUCUUCAUUGAUAUUCAUUAUGAAAUGUUCAGGUACGAAAGGCCCAUGGAGGCGUUUUCUGAAGCCAACACAAUGUUCGGUAAAUUCCUGACGAACAGCGCCAAUCCACGCUAUAAUCGAGGUAGUUUUGCAUUUCUGUUGAGCAUCGUGAAAUCCAACGUUUCUACUGAUUGGGAUAAGUGUUUAAAACUGAUUUGCGAUGAAGUCUGUAGGAGUAGAGUCAACCCGUUUGGAUCAUUUAAUGCAUCAGAUGAACUGCUCCUGCACAUGCGAUCUUUUGGAGUCUACCGCAGCGGAGCACUAAAGCUUGAACCCGAAGAUUUAAGCAAUGAUCUCAUUGCUCGCGCUCUUAACCUAAAUGAAAAGUCGCCAGAUACCCUCUGCGUCACUCUCCGAGUACCUAGAGAAAAUCUCAAAGUCAUCAUGAGUCGGAGAUGCUGUCCAAUCAUUGUGGGUAGUAUCACCGGUAAAGAUCCGAGAGGAUCACAAUGGGAAAGUUACUUUUCUUCGGUUCAUGUAGCGUUUGGUGAAUGGUCCGAGAGAAGCGACAAGAAUAGUUCUAAUCCUUGCUUUGUUGAAGAUAGUCGUCAGCAAUCGGGAACGUCAGACAUGUUUGUCUCAUUUUUUGUACCAACAAAGUUGCUGCUCAAAGCAAAACAUUCCGUCCCCGUGGUACGAUGUCAGUUACAGAGAACACAUACGAAUAUCGCUAACUUUAUGGAUGAACUGGGAUCUUCUGAUCUUUGCCUGGUUCGCAAAGAAAUCACAAGCAAUGAUGUGUCCAUUACUCAAUUUAUUCCAGGUAUGUCUGUGCUCCCCUCAUACCUGGCUUUGAAUUUAUCACGUACAACAGCAUCUGAUUUGGUGACGCUCCGUUUUUCUGACGAUAGCUCAAAAGUAAAAACGUUGGUCAAGCGAAUAGACCUACAAAGCGACGCAGCCAAGGUUUUGGCCGUGAAAUCUUCUCCCGUCAAAGUCGAAUUUAAGUCACCACUACUGGCAAUCGUUACUGUAGCAAACUCUUUUAAGUUUGAGUUUAGAUUUCCCUGUCCCGUGUCCGUCUCUAGCAACAAUUACAAGGUUAGAUUUGGCCGGACAUCGUCUUUUAUUGAGGUUGAGAGUCCUCUUUUAGACCCUUUGGAGGAAGACGUCGCGUCUUUUAUGUUUCCAACCUCUCUAACAAACGGAACAUCGGACGUAACCCUACCAACAUCAUGGAUCGCUACUUAUAUUGAUAUGGAUGCCAUGCCACAAAUUGAUAUAACGAACACUCGAAAAUUGGAGUGGUUAAAUCAUCAUUUAUUGCCUAUGCUUUUCAGGCGAGAGCGAUCCGCAGGAGCAAGCGACACGCGGACUGAGUUUAAGCGUAGCCUAUACUUUAUUCUUGCCAAAUUUACAGGCUUGCAAGGUAAGAAAGUAAACAUUUUUGGACUGAAGAAGAAGGAUUCUCCUGCGGAAACUAUAAUCAUCCCAUCUUGCCUUCGCCUGGACUUAGUAAACCACUCAGUCGUAUUAGAUUGCGCCGUACUCCCUCGCAAUCAUAUCAUGUAUAACGAUAAUCUUUUAGCAAUAUUCUUGAUGAAGAUUACUCCUACUACGUGCGCAAUAGAUGUCGGCGAAGCAGAGAACCGUGCGUGGAAAGCCCUUUUGCCUGCUUUCACCGAGAGGUGCCGCACGAACACCACAUGGACGCACGGACCUAAUUGUGAGUACGUAAAGAAAGGUGAGAUUCCUUUGGCUGCUGCGCUGAUUCAAAGCAACGUAUCACCUAUCUGCACUUGUGGUGUCGGAAAAUUUCCGGCCGAAGGUUUUCUCAGUAAACUGAAAGAAAAAUACCCCGAGUUGAAUCAUGUGCUUAAGCGAUAUGCCACGCGCGCCGCCAUCGCGCCAGUCUUCUCAGUUCCAUAUGUGGAGGAUGAUUUUUUGGCGGGAAUCAGCAGCAUCGUCAAAAGUAUGGGCACGAUUGACAUUUGUCAAUCGUGUGGAUGUAAUAAAAGGAAAAAUGACGAAGAAAAGCAGAACAGCUUGUUAACUUGUUCCAGGUGCAAGGCUGUCAAGUACUGUUCCACAGAUUGCCAAAAAGCAGAUUGGAAACUGCACAAAUUGUCCUGCGGCAAGUAAUGUCGCAUGCUAGAAAAAUCAGGAAGAACCCUGAAUCAUCAAAUUUGAAGAUCACGUGCCAUAGCAUCACACGUUGCAUUACAGUACUUCAAGUUAAUCGGAUAUUAUUUCUUCUGUGAUUCAGUAAGUUCCUCGUUUUUGAUUUAGGAUAAUGCGAUUGAAUUUAUCAGUGAGCAAAGCCUUGGAAGCUGAUUUUUUUAGUAUCUCGACGAUUCAAGCGCAUUCAGUAAAAAGAAACACAUCCUUAUACAAAUCCUUAUGCUUGUGGCUCCUUUUUUUGUGGAAUGCAGUCCACUUAUCAAAAUAUGUAUGGAUUUUUGUUCAAUUUUUCCGAUAUAUUCUCUCAUUUCUUUCUAAGGACCCAACUAAACUUUUCGUUUACAUUUUUUCUAUUUUAUCAUUCCUCUCUCUUUGAUUUUUCUUUCAAUUUUAAUCGGACUCCUCCAUUUUUCAUUUUUUUUACGUGAAUAGUAUGCCCGUGUGCCUGAAACAUUUUAUCAUUCUCAAAAUUUGUGUAAUCCACAGUAUUUUCUACUUAAGUGCGUCAUAUCUUGCCCGCUAAUUUUAUAAUUUUUACUUGAAUUUAUAUUUUAAUGACUCGUCUAUCAUUUUCAUUUUUUAUUUGCCUUUUUCACAUGAGCGAACAGUAUGUUCAUGCGUCUGAAAUAUUUUAUAAUUCUCAAAUUUUGUGUAAUUCUCAGUAUUUUUGAACUCGUAUCUACCUCUUUGCUCGCACUUUAUUACAACACCUACCUUGGUAGAUAUUUUAGUAAGAUCUUAACUGACACUUUAUUAUUACGAUAUACUUUUUCGUUUCCAAAUUGAAAAACUAUUGUAAUGCCUGUCUGUAAGGCCCCCGUUUGCCAUUUUCUAUAUUCUCAAUUCAUUGUUUGCUUUGGCGAUUCUGAGAAGUUGGCAACUCUGUUUUCCUCCACUUAAAUGUAUGUUAAACAAUCGAUUCUCGGGGAGGCAGCUUGUCUCACCUAAAAUCGAUAUUUUUAAUGGGUUUAAAUGAGGGAAAAACAAUGUUGCCAACUUGAAAAAUCUUCACUGAUCGUUUUUUUCUUCCAAUUCCCAUACUCUGUAAUUGCUUACGAAUUUUGUUUAAUAUUGCCGAAGCCAUGAGUGACAGUUGUUCCUCUAAAGGAUUUUAUAAAUGAGUCGACACUCCGCAGCUGCGCUUUCUAUGUUAACACUAUAUAUUUGUUAUUGGCAUUUUUUUCCUGUACUCUGUGUAUUUUCGUGCAUAUGUUCUUCCUCUUUGGUGAACACUGAAGUAUGUAACGAAAAUCAAGACCCUUAUGAGACUUAUUUGACCUCCGCUAAAUUUUUGUAUCAUUCUUUAUCCUUAUUUAAUGAUUUCCCCAUCAUCAUUUUUGUAUCACAGCAUGCUGCAUGGUGACGGUAGAAGUCUCUCGCAUACCAGCCAAUUUUCUGUGUCAAUAGUUUGUCAGUUUUCUCGUCCCGGUUUUGUGAAUUUUUUUUCAAUAUGAAUUAGUCACUCAAUAACCCAAAUGUGAUUGUCCCUAUCACCUUCAAUGGGAACUGAGCAAAAGCCCUUAGCCUAUCUCUCGAUGUAUGUCAUUUAAUUGAAAUACCAUAAUUUUGUUUUGUUUCGUUUUGUCCGCCAUUUUUUCAUAUUUUCAUUAUUAGUAUUGUGUUUAGAGAUUUUUUAUUAAGAAUUUAUUUUUUUACUGUUAUAUUCGUUGGAAUUAUAAUAAGUUUGACGUACCUAAUGAAAAUAUAAGCUAGAUAAUUUUUGA